UGCGGUUCACCAACGUCUAUAAAUGGCUCUCUCCAUAAUCUUACUAAAAACCGCUGUUCUGGAUGUUCGAUUGAUUAAAAUUACAACCCUUAAUAUAAUACUUAAUUAGUAUAUCGUCUUAUCAGUUAUCACCACAUAUUUAUAUAUUUAUACAAAAUUAGAGUGAUGAAUCUUAAAAGUAUACCUAACGAUCAUCUAAAUAUUGAUGAUCCUCAAUUUAGAAUAACACCUGUACAACAAAUGGCUGCUGCUUGUACUGGAGCUUUAAUAACUUCAAUUUUUGUUACACCACUAGAUGUCAUUAAAGUACGCAUGCAAGCUCAAACUAGAAUUACUGAAAAGAAAAAAUGUUUCUUUUAUUCAAAUGGGUUAAUGGAUCACAUAUGUCCUUGCAAUGUAUUAAAAAAAAAUAUUAGUUAUAGUCCUUAUUACAGAAAUGUACAAUGGUUUGAUAGGCCAAGUCAUUUUAAUGGAACAAUUGAUGCAUUUAGACAAAUAAUAAGAAACGAAGGCGUUCAAUCCUUAUGGAGUGGUUUAAGUCCUACACUAAUUCUUGCGUUACCUGCUACUAUUGUUUAUUUUGUGUCAUAUGAGCAAAUAAGAUGUUUCAUUUUUGAUGUAGUCAAACCAUUUUACUCUCAAAACAUUGAUGAAAAUCAAUUACUCUGGAUAUCAGCUGUAUCUGGAUGUACUGCUCGUCUUGGAGCAGCUACUUCAGUUAGCCCUUUAGAACUUAUACGUACAAAGAUGCAAUCAAAAAAACUUAGUUAUUUAGAAAUUCAUGAAGCGUUAAAAAGCCUUCUACAUUACCACGGAAUUAAAGGUUUAUGGAAAGGCCUUGGAUCCACCUUAUUAAGAGAUGUUCCUUUUUCUGGAUUAUAUUGGAUAACUUAUGAAAAAAUUAAGUUAAUGUCUGGAAAGCCAACAACAUUUAUGUACAAUUUUUUUGCUGGAUCUAUAGCAGGAGCAUUUGCUGCUGCAGUCACUACACCAUUUGAUGUAGUAAAAACUAUACGACAAAUUGAUUUAGCGGAAAAAGAAAUUAUUGCAGAACCUCCAGGAAAAGUUCCAAAUUGGACUGUUAAAACAGUAAUUGAUAUAUAUCAUUCCAAUGGAGUUCGUGCAGUUUUUAGUGGAAUUGUUCCUCGUAUAAUUAAAGUAGCUCCAGCAUGUGCAAUUAUGGUAUCUACAUUUGAAUAUGGAAAAACUUUCUUUCAAACAAGAAAUAUGCAAAAUUACCACAAGAACAUUUAGUAUAUUUUAUUUUGUUAUAGGCACUGGAAAUAUUUUAUGUAUCCUAAAAGAAUAUUGACUAUUUA